AUGUGAUCAAAGUCCCACAGUGAUGGCAAGUUAUAUAACUGUGCAAAGAUUGUCAGGUCACAUUGUGUAUAGUUACAGUUAAAGUAGGGAACUCACGUGGUUAAUAUAUAACACUGGAUCCUACCGUGGUAUAAUGACAAGGCAGUUGUACAGAAAGCGGAAAAGGAAGCAUCCCGCCAUGGAGUCAGUGAGUUGGUACAAGAGACAAGAUUUCUGGGCGUGGUUUGCUGGCAUCGUUUUCAUAGCUGCUUUGAUAGGGGCGAUGUUUGGCUUUGGUGCUAUGCGUGGCUGGGACGCUCAGUCCGGUUACACACACAACACCAGUGCAACGUCCAGAGACAGGUUCUGGCCUGAGCCCUAUGUGCCGGAACCGGGGGUGAAAGGCAGAUACGGCGUUGGUGCCGAUUCCCGUUGGUAUUACUGGAAACUGCCGCCGGAUCAAGUCACUGCAUUCACCCGUCUCUUCAUGUGGUUAGGCUACGUGGGACAUCAGUUACUGAUGUGGGCUGGGAUACUCUAUUCACAACUGGCAAAGGCAGCAGAAACACCCAAUGAGAAAUAUAGCACAAAGCUCGGGAAACACAAUUACAUAUUACUGGGUCUUAAUGUGUUCUUCCACCUGCUUCACCUGCUACAAACUCAUAUCACCUAUGACGCCUUGGCACAGGAUGUCAGCAUUGCCAGCUCACAGUCCUCCGUGAUCAUGAUGUUGGUAUUGAUCGUGCUGUUAGAAUACAAAGAGCGAGGGAUGAUCUUCGGUUGGCCUAGCGUCCAUGAUAACGGACCGAAGAGCAGGAAAGUGCGUUUUAGCUACGGCCCCAUAAACUUAUUCCGCAAGUACCAUGGAUAUGCCUUUGCCUGGGCUGUAAUCUAUACAUUCUGGUAUCACCCCAUGGAAAACACGUGGGGACAUGCUUUAGGGUUCGCUCACACGUGGUUGGUUAUGCUGCAAGGUAGUCUUGUGUACACCAACAUGCAUCUGAACAGAUACUGGCGCCUCCUAUUAGAAAUAUGGGUCACGUGGCACGGGGGCGUGGUUGCGUACCAGACAGGAGGGCCAGACAUGUUGGGGACAAAGUUGUGGCCAAUGUUUGUCUUCGGAUUCGCCUUGGUAUUGGUACUUACUCAGAUCUUCUCUUUGCCAUUCUGGAGAAAGAUACCCUGGUGGACGAGAGUGUUUCCCCUCGUGGUUUAUCUGGCUAUAACAAUAUGGUGUUACAGCUGGAUCCCAGACGCCCAGGGGAGAACGUGGGUGCGCAUGCAGGAAAUAAUUCGUAUUCCCGCCGUUUACUACCUCUAUGCUUUAAUGGCGUUUGGGCUUUUAUACUUGAUUCUCUACAUUGACAGACGAUGUAACAACUCCCGCGGCUCGUAUGACAUUAAGAAGAAGCCCAGCAUUGCCGCGCAAGUGAUGUUCAUCAUGGGAAGCGUUUUCGUUUAUGCUCUCAUGGUGACAUUAAGCGCCCUCUUGCAGAUACUAGACGUUCAAAUUGACCUGAUUGCCCUGAUGAUCCUGUUGGUGGGGGUUUUCAUUAUAGGUGUGUGCAUAUCAAUAUUGUUUUUGAAGCAGAUAAUGCUAAGACAGUCUGCCGUAGGGCCCAUUGAAGAGAAGCACUCAGAUAGCGAGGAGUACGUGUCCACUUCCAAACUGAACGUGAAGCAGACGACCACUUACAGCACUUACGAUCAAACAAAAGAAAAGGAUCAAGAUGCGGUGACCACCAAAACCGAACGAUUCUGAAUU